CGGUCUGAGACAUCACCGCCAAGCUGGGCACCGGGGAGAUGGCCGAGACCGACCCCAAGAACGUGCAGGAUCUCACCUCGGUGGUCCAGACACUGUUGCAACAGAUGCAAGAUAAAUUUCAGACCAUGUCCGACCAGAUCAUUGGAAGAAUUGAUGACAUGAGUAGUCGCAUUGAUGAUCUGGAGAAAAACAUCGCAGAUCUAAUGACCCAGGCUGGGGUGGAAGAACUGGAAGGUGAGAACAAGAUUCCUGCCACACAAAAGAGUUGAAGG